AUGCCUCUGCCUCUGCCCCCGCGCACGCAGUCCCCGCCGCUGCCCACCAAACGACCACGCGGACUCUGGCGCGCCCGCUGCCGAGACACCGACAGCACCAAAUCGGGAACUCGUUCUCACGAUGCCCUCAGCGACGUCUCGAGCGACUUUGCUUCGUCCUCGAGCAGGAGCAGCGUCGAGACUGCUUUUGACGACGACGACGACGACGUCCGCAGCUCGUCCUCCAGCAGCAAGCGCAGGCGGCUCUCCGGCGCGCUCAGCGACUCUGAGACCCUCUGCCAACUCAGCCCGUCUUCUCGCGCUCUCACCCCUGAUCUCUGCUAUCAUGCAUCUCUCUUUCCGACACAAUCUCUGAGCUGCCUCUCGUCGCACCCCUUCUGCUCUGUCUUUCCCCGCAUGCAGGACAAGGACAACAAGUACGCCAGCAUCAACAGCAAGGCCAAGGGCAAGCAGCCCAGCGGCAGCGAUCUCGAGGAUUGGGUGAACCUGAAGGAGCUGUUUGCGCGCGCAUCUGAAUCGUACGAAGGUACGCUUUCGCUUGAUUGCUCUCCCUUGUGCUGCGCUUCGGUUUUAUCACUGCAAUCCUAUCAUUGUUCGGGAACCGUUUUUGGGAAAAUCUGCCUCCGCUGCUCGUGCAGGAGCGCGGGGGGUGCGACCUGGGGUGUACGCAGUGCGAGCUGCCGCGUCAGCUCGCUUUCUGUACGUUCCUCGGCAUUCUCAUCCCAGCAAUUGCGACACCUUCGUGAGGUCAACGGCCUCGAAGCGCUUCGCUCCGCCGACGGUGUCUGCAGCUUGCCUCAGCGAGCAGUCGGCGGAAGUCGCGCGCGAGGCGUUCCCAACAUCCGCAGACAGGCAGACUGCGUAAUCCCCCGGUAG